AUGCCAAAUUUUACAUUUACUCCCCCUCCGGAGGCCCCUGUUUUUCACCCUACUUUGAAAGAAUUUGAGGACCCAUUGCUUUAUCUUGAAAAAAUCCGUCCCAUUGGAAUAAAAACUGGCAUUUGCAAGAUCAUCCCUCCUAAGGGAUGGAAACCACCAUUCGGAGUUGAUGUUCGAACUUUCCGUUUCACUCCUCGUAUUCAGCGUCUUUAUGAGCUGGAAGCUCACUCGCGUUUAGAACUCGAAUUCAAGGCUCGUCUCUAUGAGUUCUACCAACUAAAUGGCAAUAAAAAACUGAGAGCCCCCUUUAUUGGUGGUCAGUAUCUUAAUCUCUACUUUUUCUUCAAGUACGUAAUGGAUGAAGGUGGUUACCUUAAUGUUACUUCUUCAAUGCUCUGGGGUAAAAUCGCCGAAAAACUAGGUUAUACCAGCACGAAAUAUGGCCCAAUAAUGAAAACGUAUUAUGAAAAGCUUCUGCUUGAAUACGAGCUAAUAAUGUAUCAUGAUCCCGUGGCUAAUAAUAUCUUAAAAAGACCUCCAGAUGGUGUCAUCAGUGCGAAAUCUUCUCCUGCAAAGAGAACCCGAUUACGCAAUUCAGAAGUUCAAGACGACUUGAGAAUCGAUUAUUCUGCUAAUAAAGAGCUGAGAAAUCUCCAGUUCUUUGGAGCAGGACCAAAAAUACCCUUACCCGUUACAGAUAGCGCUUCCUCGGAUGCGGUGGAAGGGGGGCAAGAAGUACAGGAAAAUGAGGGCAAUGAAGUCUGUAAAGUUUGCCACAGGGGUACCAAUCCGGAGAAACUGAUGAUAUGCUCGGUUAAGUCUUGUGAGGCCAUCUACCACACCUACUGUCUCAAUCCGCCCUUGAAUGAUGUGCCCACGUAUCUCUGGAGGUGUCCCCAAUGCAUUCGUAUGGUUAUUUCACGCCCUUUCGAACCCAUCGGAUUCGCCCAAUCCUCUCGGUCAUACUCCCUCGCCGAAUUCGGUGUUCAUGCUGAUGCAUUCAAGCAGAAGUACUUUAAAAGGAGCCCUACGAAAGGCUCCAGAGGGCCACCCCUCUGUGCAAUACGUGCCUUGGACCCCUCACUUAUUCGUUCAUUUAUGCUCUCAUAUGGAAAUAGAGGCGAUUGUUUAAUCUUAUAUCCAGUCACUCAGUUACUAAUGUUUCUAUAUCGUGAAGCGGUUGAUUAUUAUUUUAGCAAAUCCUUUAUGAAAGUAGCUGCUAAGUUAUAUCCAGUGAAUGAAGUCAUUAAGGGUGAACCGAAGACCUGGUACGGUGUAUCCCCAGAAGACGCCGAACUUUUCGAAAAAGCGAUGACGAAAUUAGCCGGAGAGUUAUUCGACAAGUCUCCCGACCUUCUUCAUCACAUCACCACCACCAUGAACCCCAAUCUACUGCAGAAAGAGGGUGUUCCCAUUUACCGCACCGACCAACACUGUGGGGAGUUUGUUGUCACCUUUCCUCGUGCCUAUCACGCUGGUUUCAACCAGGGAUUCAACUUUGCCGAAGCUGUCAAUGUUUGCCCUCCCGCUUGGUUACCCAUUGGUCGCGCUUGUGUAGAACACUACGCCGAAGUUCGUCGUCAAUGCGUUUUCUCCAAUGACGAGCUUCUCUAUCGUCUUGCUGAGGUUAUUUCUGGUCGUCGGGAAAUGACAGAUAUUGCAAAUUACACGGAGAUGGCAGCCCAAUGCUACCAGGAUCGCGAUUCCUCCACACGUACUUGUUUCGGCGUGGAAGAUUUGCGUAUGAUCCACUCUGAAUUCUCCACUGUUGUUGGACACGAGGUACGAGUACGCAAGGACCUCCUGACACGUGUCAAACAGGCUGUGAAGUAUCCGGUCUACCUUCUUGCAGCUGAGGAUGAAGAUGAAAAUGACGACGACGAUAGAAUUUGUGCUGUCUGCCAGACAACCCUCUUCUUCUCGGCCAUUGUUUGUCCAUGCAAAGCACCACCAGAUUUGGCCAAAAAGAGAGAAGGGGGCAGUGUGAAGAAACGUGGAUGCGUGCCAGCUGCACCAAGUUGUGCCGACGGUAAACCAAAUCAUGCAUUCAUGGUGUGUCUGGAACACGCAGACAAGGUAUGCGAGAACUGUCCUCUUUCUGAGUGCACUCUCUACUACACACAUGAAUUUGAGGACCUGGAAUCCAUGCGUGACGCCAUUGCUACGAGAAUGAACAACUACGACACUUGGCUGACUACGUUUGUUCCAUUCUUCCUUCCUGAAGGCUCAACUACUCUCAAUGCUUCUGCGAUUGACAAACCAGAAAACGAGGAGAAAUCUCGUUCUCGGAUUUCAAAGUCACUUCCGGUCGUUGCUAAGAUUCCUCUUUCGACUUUUGAGGUGAGGUCAUAG